UUCCGUUGGGUGCGGGCCCUUCCCGCGGGGGCCUUGCUGAGUCCCCGCCUGGCUGCUGGCUGCUCUUUAGCUUCGCUCCGUGCUGCUGGCGGUGCGUUGCCGCCUCGGUGUAGCCAGCCGAGACGCGGGUUCCUCGAUAAGCGCUGGGAGCUCACUGGCUUAGAAGCGGGGCGGGAAGGGAGGGGUGAACACACCGCCAGUCUCAGGGAAGCGCUAGCUUGCACUUCAAGAGGCAAAACUGUUGUAGGCGUUACUGAAAAACACCAGGAACUACUUCUGAAAGUUGUGUAGGACCAGACUAAAAUAUAUGCUUUGUUAGUUGGUCUUCAGUAUCUGAUGUUGUGUGUGUUAUUGUCAAUACAAGUGAUCUGAGGUAUUGGGAUUCUAGCCAAUCCUGCCGUUAUUUCUGGUGAUUAUCUUAUGUUUGCUUCCCUUGCUUCCUCUUUGGGUUGUUUGAACACAUUGUUUUAGUAAGUGUAUGGUAUAUUUUACACUUGCUGAUUCUCUUUCCACAGUCCUAAAUUCCUAUGCUUUGGUAACAUAGCUUUGAAUACUUUGGGAUGGUGACAUUUCCUAGGCCAUUUGUCAUGGGGGGCUGGGAGGAUUUUAAUUGUAUGAAGUUAACUAUAUUAACCUAUACUGUAAAUUUAAUUGCCUUUAAGGAGGAUCCAUCCUUGGAGAGACAUUUUAAAGGCCAUCGAGAUGCCAUCACAGGAGUGGAUUUCAGUCUUAAUAAGAAACAAUUGGCAAGUGGUUCUAUGGAUUCAUGUUUAAUGAUCUGGAGCAUGAGACCCCAAAUGAGAGCCUAUCGCUUUGUGGGUCACAAAGGUGCAGUGAUGUGCGUUCAGUUUUCACCUUCCGGCCAUCUGGUGGCAUCAGGCUCCAGAGACAAAACAGUUCGUUUGUGGGUUCCAAGCAUCAAAGGGGAAUCUACUGUCUUCAAGGCUCAUACGGCAACUGUAAGAAGCGUUCACUUUUCCAGUGAUGGCCAGUUUUUAGUUACAGCUUCUGAUGACAAAACUGUCAAAGUUUGGACACUUCACAGACAAAAAUUUCUUUUCUCACUGAACCAGCACAUAAACUGGGUUCGCUGUGCUAAAUUCUCUCCUGAUGGAUGCCUAAUAGUAUCUGCUAGUGAUGAUAAAACUGUCAAACUUUGGGAUAAGACCAGCAGAGAAUGUAUACAUUCUUUUUGUGAGCAUGGGGGGUUUGUGAAUCAUGUGGAUUUUCAUCCAAGUGGUACGUGCAUUGCUGCAGCUGGUACAGACAACACAGUGAAAGUGUGGGAUGUUAGGAUGAAUAGACUUCUACAGCAUUAUCAAGUGCACAGUGCUGUGGUAAACUCUCUUUCCUUUCACCCAUCUGGAAACUACCUGAUUACUGCCUCCAAUGAUUCAACUCUGAAAGUUUUGGACUUAUUAGAAGGAAGGCUGUUGUACACUCUUCAUGGUCACCAGGGGCCAGCUACCUGUGUUGCCUUUUCAAGGACUGGGGAUUUUUUUGCAUCUGGAGGUUCUGAUGAACAGGUGAUGGUAUGGAAGACUAACUUUGAUGCCACUGAUUAUGGGGAUGUAUUGAAAACUCAAAAGCACGGUACCAACAUAAAUGGAACUCUUCACAGUCUGAUGGACUCCUCAGCUACUCACAGGAUUCUUCACUGUGAACAAUAAGUGGCUGUCUGGUAUACACAGAAUGGGGAAACGUUCAUCUUGGUAGGAAUCCUUCUUUAUAACAUCAAGAGGUCUGGAAUACUGCUUGACUUGGCAAUCAAAGCCCAACAGGAAGACCAUCCACUACAUGACAAGGUAGAAAAAUACCCAAUGCAGAAAUGUCAGAGAAGCAGAAAAUCCCUACCUGUAUCUGCCAAAUACAUCAUAGAGGAAGCAGGAGAAACUGUACUGUCGUCAUAGCCCCAGAAAGGGCGGGAAGAGCAAUGGAAUAACAACCUUAUCACACUACAUAAUUGCAUACAACUACCAUCUUCACUCCCUCGUUUUCAUAAACUCCCACGCAAGGCAUGGGUAAACCUGAAUCAACUGUGAUCAGGCUAUGGAGCCUUCAAUAAAAUCAAACAUAAAGUGGUCCUUAGAAACUCACCAU